UGGCCACGAGAGGAGUCUGGGAUGACUUCUACGCUGUAUGGUAACGGCCAAGCCAGAGAGGAUAACGGCUAUGAAAGGAGGAGGGAAGAUCUGGCGUCGCCGUCUGGCCAAGUGUCACCCCAUAGUCCCCUUGGCAGGAUCGCUCGUGCUGACGUCGUUUUUUGUGCUGGUCCUCAACAGACAUCCUAGCUUAAGCCAGAGAUCCACAAAUAACUCGAAAGAAGAACUACUGCAGGUGAGUUAUCCUGAACUUUUGCACCGCCUGCGAGGACCGCUGAGUGCCGAUGAUCCGCAGGUGGUGUCCGAGCUGUUUAGCCGCCAUCUGCGGCCCCCUUCGACAUUGCCUUACAACCUCACUGGCUCCUCCGCCCAAGGGAUAAGGAAGUUCAGCUGGCCGUUCAUUCAUAAAUAUGUGAAGCACUUCUUUGGCGAGCAGAAACACGGGUUCUUCGUGGAGGCCGGAGCUCUGAACGGGGAGCUGCUGUCCAACACCUUGUGGCUGGAGCGCAGCAACAACUGGACGGGGCUGCUGGUGGAGCCAACGACCGUGACCUUCCGCUACCUCGUCUGGAAGAGACGGCGCGCCUGGACCUCCAACACUUGCCUGUCAAUCACGACGUACCCGCGACAGGCGGUCUUCGAGGCGACGGCGCAGAAGAAGGGCGAAAUAGCCUAUCCUUGGUUCUACCGAGCAGAAAACUUCGAAAUCAACCCUGCAGGCGCUGGAAACUUCGACUGGCUGCUAGGAUCGUGGAGCCAAGAGUACACUGUGGCGCAGUGCUUUCCCCUGUGGUCGUACCUGCUCGCCCUCAACACGACAACGGUGGACUUCCUUUCUCUGGACACCCAGGGGGGCGAGCAGGACAUCCUGAAAACGAUUCCCUUCGAUAAAGUGAAAAUAAGGGCAAUGGUUGUCGAGCAUUACAUAAACAGACAGCAAGGCAAGUACGACCCGAGCUUCGUUAGCUACAUGGAAGGGGCCGGGUACCAUCUAGUAGACUGCGACGAGGACCCUAAUUACUUCUUUAUUCUCGAGAGUGAUGUAAAACUUUACCAGAAACUGAAGCUCUUAAAUGAUACUGACAUUGGUGUUUCUUGUAAGAAAAGACUAGCUUGACGAAAAAGAUAAUAGUGAAAAUGUAUAAUGUAUAUAAGGUAUACAUGUUUCUAAUCUCAGUGUGCUAAGAUCUGAAAAGGGUAUUAAUGAAUGAAUAAAUGAUCCUCGUGGAGGGAUUAUCAUGUAUUAAAUGUCUGUAUUUUAACAUAUUAAGGACCAGUAAAAUCACUUGUUACAUCAUUGUGGCUCCCGGCCAGCAUACCCUGUUGAUGCCAU